ACUUCUCACCAACCCUCACAAAACACGGUCGCACAAAGAGACAGGUAAAGAUAGAGUGAGCUGUUAGUCAUGGGUUCUUCUGGGUUUUCAUCAUCUUCCACUGCAGAGGAAGUUACUCAAGGAAUCGAUGGGAGUGGCCUCACUGCAAUUGUCACAGGAACAACCCAUGGUAUUGGCACUGAGACGGCAAGAGUUCUUGCUUUGCGUGGUGUACAUGUGAUUAUGGCAGCCAGAGAUGUGAUUGCAGCAAAAACUAUCAAAGAGGUAAUACUUGAAGAGAUUCCCACAGCCAAAGUUGAUGCCAUGGAGUUAGAUCUUAGCUCAAUGGCAUCCGUUAGGAAGUUUGCAUCGGAGUUCAUUUCAUUUGGUCUUCCAUUGAACAUCUUGAUAAACAAUGCAGGAAUAAGCGCAUUCCCUUUCACGCUGUCCAAAGACAACAUCGAACUACUAUUUGCUACAAAUCACUUAGGUCAUUUUCUUUUAACAAAUCUUUUGUUGGAUACUAUGAAGAAAACUGCAAGUGAAAGCAAGAAAGAAGGAAGAAUUAUUAAUGUUUCCUCUGAUGGUCACCAAUAUACAUAUCCUGAAGGAAUCCUUUUUGAUAAAAUUAAUGACGAAUCAAGUUACCAGAAGUGGCGUGCAUAUGGGCAAUCAAAGCUUGCUAACAUUUUACAUGCCAACGAACUUGCAAGACUUCUUAAAGAAGAUGGGAUAGAUAUUACUGCAAAUUCUCUUCAUCCAGGAGCUAUUAUCACCAAUAUUUAUAAACCAGAGCUUAGUGGCCCAGUGCCAACUGAUCUAAUGAAUAUGCUUGGAGAUUAUCUGCUUAAAAGUAUCCCGCAGGGAGCAGCAACAACAUGCUAUGUAGCAUUGCACCCACAAGUGAAGGGGAUUAGUGGCGAGUAUUUUUCAGAUAGUAAUCUGGCUAAAGCAAGCUCACUGGCAACAGACACUGAUUUGGCUAAGAAACUUUGGGAUUUCAGCAUGAAAAUAAUUGACUACAAUGCCCAUGAUUCAUGAGCAGAUGUGAAUGCUGAUGGCAUAUACUUCCUUAGUGACUAAAUAAUAACUACUGUGAACAUUUGUAGUUUUUAAUAAUAAAUUUCCAUCGAUCCUUUGUGCCCUA